AAUUAACCUUCAACCAAAUUAAAUAUACCCAAUUUCUCCCAGCGAUACAGAAAAUUCGACAUCAACUUCGGAAAUUUCUCACGUUGGUUACUCCUUCCUCUCCGCCGAAGCCGAAGUUUUGACCGUUUUACCUUCUCCGACGAAGCCGAAGCGUUUCCAAAGAUGAGUAUUAUUCAUCGGUUACCCUUCUCCGCCGAAGCCAAAGCGUUACAGAGAUUUGCAAAGCUCAGUAUUUCUUCAGAAUUUCCGCUUUCAUCUCCACAAUUUUUAGAAUUUGGUUAUUCAGAAAGUUUCAAGCGACAAGAGUUUAAAUAUUCCAACAACAGCUGUAUCGGUUGUGAUUUCUUUCCUAAAUUAGGUCAAGGAUUGUCCGAAAUAGGGCUUGCUUCAAGUCUUCAUCUUGCUCUUGUGUUAGUUUCAAUAGAUAUUCUACUUGGUUGGAUUUGCCUUUUUUUUGGAAAUAUUUCUAAAUUUAUCGGUGAUUCAGAUGUUCUUGCAAUGAUAGCAAAUGCCAAGCCUAUGAUCAAGUACGUUACAAGAUAUAAUAAGGCAGACACAAGGCGGGACAUCAUUAUAGUAGACAAAGAUGAGAUAACAUUGUCUGUAACUUUAUUCGGAGAUUUAGCUGGCAAUGAAGGUUCAAUUAUUGAAGGAAAUAUGCAUGAGACAACUAUAAUAGCGCUAUCAAAUUUUAAAAUAUCACAAAGGGGAGAUGUGCAUGACUUCACAAAUUGCAUCGACAAUAUGUAUCAACCCUGAAAUACAACUUGCUAAGGACAUGCGAGAAUGAUAAUCAAAUAAAAAAGGUAACUUAAUAAAUUAAUUUUAAAUAUUUUUAAAAUUAUAUGCAGGGCUCUUUCAAAAGACAAGAUCAAGACUAAUGGUGUUCCGUCAAGGCUAUUUAAAAAUGUAGCGAAAAUGAAUAUUAUUGACAUUAUGCAAGCUUCACAAAAUUCAUCAAAGGUAUGAUAUUCAAAAUACUACUAUAAAAUAUUAAUGAAUCAAGAGCUUCAGUUUCAAAACAAGCUUAUAUAAAUAGAUCUUGUUUCAUUGAUGUUUCAAAUACAUUUACAAUUAUUACUUUUACAUAAAUUUUUAAAAAAUUCUUUUUGGACUAUAUUUUUUAAAUUAUUUUAUAAUUUCUUAUUUUAUUUACUAAAUAUAUUUAAACUAUAUUUAUAACUAACUAAAUUUUUACAAAUCUACAGGCACAAUAUGGCAGCUUUACUGGAAAAAUAAGUAAUAUCUUAAAUAGACAUGAUGCUUGGUACUACUCAUGCAAAGGCUGCAAUAAAAAAGUAGACAAAACUAUUUAUGACAAAUAUCAAAAUUGUUAAAAAAACAAUGAAGACAGUAUACCGAGGUAAAGUACUAUCACUUACUCAUGAAAGAAAAAUAUAAAGAUUAAAUAUAAAAAUAUCAUAUGAUGCACAAUGAUAAUACAAAAUGUAGGUAUGUUGUUAAAAUCAUAGUGGAAGAUAAAACAGAUACUGCAAGAGUCACACUUUUUGACGCAGCAGAAACUUUGAUAGGCUGCAAUGCUCAAAACUUCAUGGAUGAUAUAAAAGAGG